ACCGAAGUGUCAAGGUUUUAUUUCUAUUGCUAGACGGUCGGGGUCUCCCCAACAACUCGGAGCCGCCCCGUAGUCAGCUCACGCGGACCCCCUAGUGCUCGCCCUUCGCUGCCCUCUUCCCGCCUGUCCAAGCGCUUUGUUGAAGCUGGAAGAGCCUCUAUUAUCCUCAUAAUAAAUAGAAUUUGAGAGAGGCUGCAGCGAAUGAAGCCUAUAAAAAAGAAGGCAUGUCGAAGAUUCAGAAAAUCUGCCAAGACGAGGAGGGUGACCCAGGGGAAGCCAUCUUCAGGGCCGGUAUGCCGGCUAUGCCUCCAAGAACCUGGGGAUCCUGAAAAAUUAGGGGAAUUUCUUCAGAAAGACAAUCUCAGCGUGCACUAUUUCUGUCUUAUUCUAUCUAGCAAGCUGCCUCAGCGGGGCCAGUCUAACAGAGGUUUCCAUGGAUUCCUGCCUGAAGACAUCAAAAAGGAGGCAGCCCGGGCUUCUAGGAAGAUCUGCUUUGUGUGCAAGAAAAAGGGAGCUGCCAUCAACUGCCAGAAGGAUCAUUGCGUCAGAAACUUCCAUCUCCCUUGUGGCCAAGAAAGGGGUUGCCUUUCACAAUUUUUUGGAGAGUACAAAUCAUUUUGUGAAAAACAUCGCCCAACACAGGACAUCCACCGGGGGAAUGUGGGAGAGGAAAGCUGCGUCUUGUGUUGUGAAGAAUUAUCCCAAGCAAGUGUUGAAAACAUCCAGAGUCCAUGCUGUAGUCAAACUAUCUACCACCGCAAGUGCAUACAGAAAUAUGCCCACACAUCAGCAAAGCAUUUCUUCAAAUGUCCACAAUGCAACAAUAGAGAAGAGUUUCCUCAAGAAAUGCUAAGAAUGGGAAUUCACAUUCCAGACAGAGAUGCUGCCUGGGAACUCGAACCAGGGGCUUUCUCAGAGUUGUAUCAGCGCUAUCAGCAUUGUGAUGCCCCCAUCUGUCUGUAUGAACAAGGCAGAGACAACUUUGAGGACGAAGGGAGGUGGAGCCUUGUUCUAUGUGCUACAUGUGGAUCCCGUGGUACCCAUAGGGACUGCUCCUCUCUUAGAUCCAACAGUAAGAAAUGGGAGUGUGAGGAGUGUGCACCUUCGCCUAAAGUCACAGACUACAUAUCUGAAAACUCAGGUGACAUCCCCUGCUGCAGCAUCUUCUACUCGGGGGGGCAUGACUGCAGAGACACCAGCCUGGAAGAGAAUUCGGGCCCUUCUUGGACUGAUUGGCCAGAACCUUCUUUAUUAGAAAAACCAGAAUCCUCUGGUGGCAGGAGGGGCCACUCCUGGUGGUCCAAGGGUGUCAAAAUCACUAAAAGCUGCAACAAAUACAAGUAACAGCUUCUAAGUAGUUGCUGCCAAGCACAUUUGGUGACAAAGUUGUGCUCCUCCACCAAGUUUGGGAAGGGAGCCCUUUGGGACUGUAAGACCAGGAAAGGGGGGCCCCAGCAGUGAGACUAUGAACAAGGAAAGAGAAGUCCCAGAGAGUGAGAACAGAGCAGUCCAGAUGCCAACCGCAGAACAUGUCUAUGGCUAUGGUAGCUAGCACCUCUGCUCUUUCUGUCUGAUUCCCAGAGGGCCCUUUCUUCUCUUCUUCCACCAAGAUUGUUCCACCCUCAUCUGGUGCUCAUAUGCCUCUCUUACUUCACCCAGGUUUGUUAUGCAAAUAAAGACUUUCUCUCCA